AUCACGGUGCUCGGAAACGUUUCUCGUGAGCAAGUGUUGUAGUUUAAAGCGAUAAUUUUCAAUAUAAACUGGAAAGAGCUUACUUUUCAUCGUGCAAACUUUUGGCACAGGGAUAAUACUCGCCGAAUUUCGCGGUAAGGAGAGUUUGGCUUCAAUAUUCCUAAACAAUUCUCAUCAUGUAUUUAAUUGCAGAAUUUCAUAUAACACUAAUUAUUUAUUGUUCAAUGUCAAAGUGCUCUUGGUUCCAAUCACUGCUUCUUUGCACAUGCCAAACGCCACUGUAAGUUUAACCUUUGGUAACUAGAACACUUCUUAAGAAAACCAGGUGAAAACAAAACUCAAAAGCACACUAGAUGCGUUGACAAUGCAAUAGGGAUGUCAACCUGUGCUAUAGGGAUCGUUAAGCUACUAUUCAUCGGCAACAGCCCAAACUUGGUCUAUUCUUCUGCUCAGACACUACUAUGCUUUACAGUGAUAUGCUAUACAGAUCGAUGCAUCGGUCGGUUGCGUGGUAUCAACGUUUGGAGCGCGUCCGGUUGAAUGAAACUGUGCCGCUACCAACCCGCCUCGCGUGGUGCCGACUAGACAUGAGCUGUCAGCCCAACCGGUCUAAGCAGAGAGCAGCAAACCACUAUUUUCUUCUCAGCAUAACCAUCUUCUUGAUUCUGUUCACGCCCCUGGGGAUGUCCCUAAAAAAGCUCAAGCAGCGUCAUGGUGUUGGCUCGAACGCCAUCAGUAGUCGAAAUCCUUCAGCAGUUCGAGUUAACGGUGACGAUGCCGAAGAAAACGAAGUAACUCCCAAAGAAACUCACAAAAUUCCGGCGGUAACUACGAUAAAUGAAGAGAAUAAUAUCACUGAUUCUCUAGCCGUAACAUUAGAGCUUAUGCCUUGUAUUAACUUGAAUCCGGAUCCGCAGAUAAAUAUGCAACCGGAUUUUGAAGUAGCCGACAGUAAUACAGCUAUAUUCCAGCGAUCGAAAUCUGAACUGGGUACACUCACCGACAAGACGGACUCAAAGUUAUCAAACGGAGUUUCAGAAUCGUGUUUCAAUAAAGAAAAUUCUGUGAAGGCAAUUAUGUCCUUCAUUGAAAAACUCAGUCCAGUGGAAUCAUCAUACGACGUAGACGUAAAUGAUAAUGAGCCCAGGGAAAAAGACUCGUCAUCAAAACUUGGAUACGUAACUAACGUGAAUAUCGACGGUCGUGAACAAUUAAUGAAAGAGUGCAUCGAAAACGUCGAAAGUUCAGGAUGCUUUCAAAUGAAUGACAGAGAUGGCAAAAUAAAGGGAAAGGGGAUAUCUUCAAGCAAAGGCUAUUAUAAGGCCCUGUCGCUGACGGCUGCUGGAUGUGUUGUGGGCUUGCUGCUGCGACUGUACCGGCAUGGAUCAUUUGAAGCCUCAUGCUUGUCAGCUGCCAAGGAGCAGGCGCGGCGCCUGUUGUUCCGCCUUGACGACUUCUUGGCAACGCAAGGGAACCUUACCACCCUCGCCAAGCAGAUGGUCUUCUUAUCGAUGUGCGAUAAGUGCUUGUUGCCUGGACAGAAUUUAGCAUCACUCUACACGCUGAUGUUCUGUAGCAUCGUUACUUACUGCAUCGACUAUGCUGAGGGACUGCUGACGCGGCAACAAUGGUCAUUGUCUGUCCGCAUUGGCGGACCAACGAGCUCUGUCCGCCAUCUAGCGCUGUCCACCACCAACAUCGUCCUAGAGUGGACAAAAGCGGUCACUUUCAUGACCACUUUUGUCUUCCUACUUCUCAUGCUAGGCCUAGAGAAAGGCCUAAAUAACUAUUCCCCAAACGCUGCCUAUAUUUUCUUCUCCUCCAUGUACUGGAUAACCACGGAGAAAAUCUGUCGGAAAUAUGUGCUCCAUUUUAUGGUGGAGAAGAAAUUCAGAUUUUGGGACUCCUUGGAGGAGCUCUACGUGCCACUGCUGCUCCAGCUGCUCCAACUCUGCUCCAUGGGGCUGUUCAUUGUACCUUGCCUCUACCUUGGUUACUGGAGACUGAGUAUCGCUGGUCUUGUAUUCGCUCGAGCUGACUUCAUGAAGUGCCGGUCACUUCAGCUGAAACAUUCAGCGCAUUUAUCUGAACUUUCCGCGUUCCGCCGAGCUGAAGAAACUGAGCUGAGAGAACACAACGACCGCUGCAGCGUCUGCCUGAGCUGCAUGACCAGCGCCCGGGUGACGUCAUGUCGUCACUUCUACCACGCAGAGUGCCUCCUGCGCAUCGUCAGGGCGUCGCAGGGGCGUGGCCGGUGCCCUUUGUGCCAGGCGCCGCUUAUUUGA